GGAAGAUUGCUUAUCUCUCUCCUCCUCUCCCGUCCACAACUCGACUGGGUUAAGAAAUCUAUCCAAUCCAAACGACCCCCCCAAAGAGUUUCUCUCCACUGGGAUGUCUUUUUUUCUUUUAAAUACGCGUUGAUGGACUUUAAUGAAUUUGCGGCCACCGUGAAUCCCCAUUGACGGCUACUUGAAGUAUUUUGUCGUGCGCCAUUCCAGCGAUCGCUGCGCCGAGAGCAGCGCUGCGUAAAAGCCAAACAAGCCUGUGUGUGGACACCAGGCGAUAUUCGGCGGUGGUUUGUAAGCGUGAAAGAAAGAAAGAAGAAGGAAAGAAAAGGAGAUUUUGAGUGUAAACGAGUCCCGGACUGUUAUUUGGAAUGAAAAAGCUGCUUUAGUGAGACGCAAAAGUUUAAAGAAAAGUUAAGAGGCAGAGGUUGUCUCUGCACUUCAAUGCGCGCCUUUUGCGCAUAUUUUAUUGAUCCACCUGGUGCGAGAUUUGGGGUGAAUUAGAAAAAAGAGGAAUCGGUCAGAGGCGUGUGAAAAUCAAAUACGCUGUAAAUAACUUGUUGCAUGAGCAGCUCGUCCCAGGAGCGCAUUUACAUGAUGCUGCCCAUGGCGAAAGUCACAAAAGACGGGAGAUCAAGCUAAGACGUCUGACCGACGCUGACUUAUGAGGAGUGCCACUCCUCUCUGUACAUCACAUCUGACCGUUAGUUGACCCGACCCUUUCAUCAGGACUUGUGAAGACUCAGGCUCACUUGUUGACACACCUCAUCAGCCAGGCAGAAGUGGCAACAAUCAAAGGCGAAACAACCGGAUGGAGGGGGUGCAAGAUGCUGCCACGGUUCCCAGAUGCUCAAAGCUCCAGUUAAUUUAGAAGAUUCUCAACAAUAUUGUCGUUUCUGUGACGAAGCAGAAGCUGUUAAGUCAAAAAGAAGUUCCACAGCAGACAUCCAGAAGACAAGAUCAGCGAUGCUUUGGCCAGUAUUAUUCACUCUGCAAGCUGUGUGCAGCAGCGUGGCACAUGCCAUGCAACAUUACCCGGCGGCCUGGGGACACUAUGACGUGUGCAAGUCCCAGAUCUAUACGGAGGAGGGCCUGGCAUGGGACUACAUGGCCUGUCAGCCAGAAGCCACCGACAUGACAAAGUACCUUCGAGUGGCCCUCGACCCCCCAAAUAUCACGUGUGGAGAUCCGCCAGAAACGUACUGCGCUUUGGAGAAUCCUUAUAUGUGCAACAAUGAAUGCGACGCCACCACUGAGGAGCUGGCUCAUCCUCCCGAGUUGAUGUUUGACUUUGAGGGUCGCAACCCCACAACGUUCUGGCAGUCCACCUCAUGGAAGAAAUACCCGAAGCCGCUCCAGGUUAACAUCACGCUUUCGUGGAACAAAACCAUCGAGCUGACUGACGACAUCAUAUUGACCUUUGAGUCAGGCCGACCGGAGCAGAUGGUCCUGGAAAAGUCGCUCGACUACGGUCGGACCUGGACCCCAUACCAGUUCUAUGCCACUGACUGCCUGGACGCCUUCACCAUGGAACCCAAGACAGUCAAUGACCUCACCCAGCGCACCCUGCUGGAUAUCAUCUGCACUGAGGACUACUCCCGAGGCUAUGUGUGGAAGAACGACAAGACUGUACGUUUUGAGAUAAAAGACCGCUUUGCCCUCUUUGCCGGGCCUCGGCUACACAACAUGGCCUCGCUGUACGGCCAGCUGGAUACCACCAAGAACCUGAGGGACUUCUUCACCAUCACUGAUCUGAGGAUUAAGCUGCUGAAGCCAGCCACUGGAGCCACCAUGGUGGAUGAGAAUAACCUGUCCAGAUAUUUCUAUGCCAUUUCUGACAUCAAGGUGCAGGGCAGGUGCAAGUGCAACCUGCAUGCCAACAGCUGUGUGUUUGACAAAGGGAAGCUGGGCUGCGAGUGUGAACACAACACCACAGGGUCAGACUGCAGCCGCUGUAAGAAGCACUACCAUGGAAGAGCCUGGAGCGUGGGCUCCUACCUCCCUAUACCCAAAGGAACGGCAAAUAUAUGUAUUCCUAGUAAUCAUGGACCAGUGCAUCGAGCAAAUGCUUCAUCUCUUGGUGUUGCAAAUCGUAACCAAGCUCGGGUGUGUGACAACGCGAUGCUGCGCUGUCAGAACGGUGGCACGUGCCACCACCAUCAGCGGUGCCAUUGUUCCCCCGGUUUCACGGGCGUCCUGUGCGAGAGAGCUCGCUGCCAGGGCCCCGGGGAGUGCGAUGACCAAUUGUCUGGACGGGCCUCCUUCAAUCAUCCCCCCGUCGGCCUCCAGCUCGCUUUUACCCUCGUAGUGCUCCCGCUAUUGAUUGUUUCCCUUUGCUGAGAGACCUGGACGGCCUCCCCACCCUCAACCAAAACCCUAAGACCACAUAUGUUGAGACUGAACUCUCAACCGUAAGGACAUGAAGGACAAAGGAUGAUGUUGCUAAGAAUACAAUAUAAGCAACUCUUUUGUAUCUCCAAGCCACAGUGGUAGGUGUUAACUAGUGCAACUGAUGUGCACCGAUGUGUUAUACUAGAUGGAUUUAUGAAAGGCUUGGUGAAGUCACUGCUGUCGUAUGUCACAGAGGAAACGGUUGGAGCCCUCGCUGUCUGAUUAUGUCAUUGGCUGAUACUUCAUUAAAGACAGACUGGAGACUCGGAGAGAGCUACCCACACUCUGCAAACUGUACAAAACUAGACACAUGAUUUCUAAGUAUCAUCUGAAGUUAUUAAAAAAUAAUAAUGUGGACGGGGACAUCUUUAAACAUCUUGCCUCACUGCCUCCUUCCUUACGUGUUACCUUCUCUCCUCCUGUCCCUCACUCUCUCCUCCUUCCCUGUGCUUUGGUGACUCUGGUGAUUUUUCCUUUGCUGAAGGGUGUCUGUUGUUUUUUGCCAAAUGCUGCACAUGUAUUAUUAUCAAGCCCCCUUGCCAAGUACCGAUCUAGUACUUCUGCUUUCUUUUCCAGAGGCUUUGUAGUCAUGCUUGAGCUCACCUGUAUGGAGGGGGAAGAAAAAAAAAAAGUUGUAACAUACUGUAACUGUAUUUAAUUUUUGUAUAAAACAGAUAUUUUCAUGACUACGCAAAACAGAAAGAUGUAUUACUUGUUUUCUAUUGCUGCCGAUGCGCCCUAGAUGUGGACUAUGAGCGUGAGGAGUUUGGUUGUAUUAUUAUUUUUUUGCUUGUGCGGCAUGGUUCUCUUCAUUUGAGAGCUGCUGUCAAAACUAUGUUUACAUACACACUUACACAAUACACUUCCACCAAAGGGAAAAAGAAAAAAACAUGUCUUUGUCUUGUUGUUGAACCGUAGUAAUUUUAUUAAGUAGUACUAUAACAUUUGGGACAAGAUGUGUGGAGUAUAGAAGUGUAUUGUUUGUAGAUAGACACAAGCCGAUGACAAUAGCUGAAUGUCAUUUUAAAGGAUUUUCGAACGCUAAUCGAUGCCAAUUAUUGACCUAUUCACUGAAGCAACCGUUGCUGGUAACAAUAUAUGAGUCAGCAAAUGACCUCCCAGGUCUACGGUUGUUUUUUUUCCGAUGUGCUGUAACCCAUCCUUGUUGUGCUCAUGAAAUGUGGGAGAAUCAGACAAAUCUCAAGCCAAAAUCCCAUCAGCUUUAUGUAAAUUUAGCAAGAAGACUUGGGGGUGGGGAGGGAAAGGAGAUUGCACGGUUUGUCGCAGAGGUUGUCCAGCUCAAAUCUUUAAUCAGAUCUAAUCCUUGAAUCAAAUGGGAAGAGGGGAAGGUUUUCUGAGCUGGUACGGUUGAAAGCCUGCAUCCUGCUGCGGGAGCCUCCGAGAAGCGACACGUUCAGGAAAUGAGCUUUAAUUCAUGGAGGGUCAAUGAAUAGAAAUGAAGUCGCAUCCCACUGGGUGACAUAUUGAGCACUGAGACCAAUUUCAUUUGAGAGAUUAAUUUUCCUCCCGAGGUUGUCAUGAAACACCUAAUUGUGUUAGAGUCUACUGUAAGUGCCUCUCAUUAAAUGACACUGUUGAUGAAAAGAGUAGCGGAUGACUUUUUUGACAGACGCCUGACUGGGAGCGCCUCUUUUGGGAAACUACAAUUAUUUAAAAUGGGAUAAUAUGAUGUGUAAAAUAACUGAAAAGGGUUGAUCUGUCGAAGAAGCAACUAUAGUAUGACUGCCAAUCCAUUUUAAAGAGAAAAUAAAUCAAUAUCAUAGAAGAACUAACCCAAAAAGCGAUUGUCCUACCACAGGUUCACAAGGCGCAGCAGGUCAGGUUUUGGAUUUGUCCAUAUAUGUUGGAAGUAGUAAUCAUUGGGCUUUAAUUAAGAGCAAAUAUGCAGUAUAAAGAGUUUUUAAACCGUUCCAAACCAAAAAUACAUCUAAGAAAUGGAUUAAACUCCAUUCCAAAUUACACCAAGGCCAAGAAGCAUUUCAUAUUUAAUGGCUACAGGUUAGAAGGGAGAGAAGAAAUGUCCACGACCACCAUACUGCUGUCCCACUAGUGACUGUUGCGUAUCGGCGCCUCUUUCCCGUUCUCUACUGGAUGUGGGAAAGUUUACACUCAACCGAGCUAAUCAAAGAUAAUGUUACGUUCGCCAAAACACAUUGUUUAGUCCUUAUCCUAAAAGAAAUUUCUCUUGUAACAUUUAAAGUGAAACAUACUGUUGGAAAACUCCCAAACAAUAAAGCAUCUAACCUCUGUCUUGCUUGUCAAAGUAUGUAAGCGAAGCAUCAAACAGCGAAUAAUCGCAGGACUAACUAGUCCAGCUCUACACUGCAGUACAAGAACGAUACCGUUUCUUAAUUUUCAUCUUUUCUGGUGGAGAAUCUAACUUUUUUUGCCAGACACUCCCACCUUUAAC